CAGUGUUUUUAGUGACCAACUAAAAGUUAGUAAUGUAUAAGGACUCUGAACUAGGUACCAUAACAAGUUCAAAAAUGUUAUCCCGAAUCUAAUACACGUUCUCAUAUCUAUGAAAUGCAUUCUUGAUGACAAAAAUGACAGUGAAAUCAAGGUUUAAUUAAGAACCAGUAGAAAUGACCUGCUUGAUUGAAAGUUAAGAUAAAAUAGAGUCCGAAUUACUCUAGAAGUACAUCCGUUCAGAUAUAGAGAAUAUGUAUUAUAAUCUAACAAUGUCAUCAUUGUCACGAGUGUAAUGACUAAAGAUUGGAGUUUGUUUGUUUUUAUUUGGUUGACAAUGACCAAUUCAAUUAGUGGUGAUUGACAUCAACAUAUUUCCUGUAAGACGCAUCCCACUCAGGAAGUGCAUAGAUUGUUCUUAGGAAUUCGGAAUAUAUCGCACAACAAAAUUGAGGAGAAAAUACGCAGGGGUAUAGAUAUAGCUAAAAAAGACACCAAAAUAAUUAUACCUAUGUAAAGGGAAUGAAACUUAAAACUCUUCGUAGCCGUUUGAAAAGAUAUCACAAGAACGGCUAUAAAGAAUAAUGAAAUACUUGAAGAUAUUAUAAUUCCUAUCAAAGAAAAUAACUUUAAAACUAUCGAAGUACUGAAAAUGAAAGAUUUAAAACCAAAUGUGGAGAUAUUUGUAAACGGUCAAACGGGAUAUCAAACGCCAAACCAAGAUAAACAGGAUCCUAGAAAUGCUAAAUUGUCAUCAGAAUUCUUCUCAGCCUCAAGUCCUGAUGCCCGAGAAGACUGGGAGCGAAUUGUAGGGGGUUUCAAGGCUCCCAAUGGCUCUAUCCCCUACCAAGUUUCUUUAAGAAUAUGGGGGGUGUGGCAUUUCUGUGGGGCAUCGCUUGUGACUCCUAGGGUAAUUCUUACUGCCGCUCAUUGCGUUGAUAGACUAAAACCUCAAUACUUCAAAGCGGUAGUAGGGACCAACCAGCUGCGCUCCGGAGGCACAGCAUACACCAUCCGCAAGGUGGUAAUCCACGAGGAUUACGAUGACUACAUCAUCAAGAACGACAUAGCCAUACUCUUCACUGACGAGGAGGUGGAUUUCGGGAGCACGGUCGAUGCUGUGGAGCUGAACGAUGAGCCGGUGGAAAAGGGGGAGGAAUUAGUGUUGACGGGGUGGGGGACUACUUCGUACCCAGGCCGCCUGCCCAACGAUCUGAUGCAGCUGGAACUGCGAUCCAUCACCUAUGAAGAGUGUAAGGAAGCCCACAAGAGUGUGAAUGCUGUGUUCGAGACUCAGAUCUGUGCGCUGACUAAAGCUGGGGAGGGGGCUUGUCAUGGUGAUUCUGGCGGUCCCCUGGUGCGGGAAGGUCGUCAGAUUGGUAUUGUGUCGUGGGGCAUACCCUGUGCUAGAGGAAAACCCGACGUCUAUACAAAGGUGGAAGCCUUCAUGAGAUGGAUAGAGAAGACCCUGUACGAUGAUGAUGAAGACCACGUGAAGUACAUACACAACCAUAAACACCACAGAUAUACCAACAGACAUUAAUUAGUUAAUGAACUUCGCUUACAUUUGUACCUGUACUUAUUAAGGCAAGUGUUGUAGGAAUUACAAAUACAAUUAUGCUGUAAAUAUUUUGGAAAAACAUUUAUUUCAAUAGUGAGGUUUUGGUUACUAACUUCUAAAGUAAAGAAUGCUUGUCGUGUCGUAAAAUUCUAAUAAUAUUGUAGUUAUCGUUGUAAUAAAGUGGUGGAUGAAAAGUGUACUUCCCUGUACCUUAGAACAUUGUUGUGUCUUGUAAAUAUAAUAAAGAC